AUGCUUUCGUGGCAGGUAGAGGAGUAUUUUCAGCAGCAGCGGAGGCAGCAGGCACUCGCAGGGCUCGUGACUCAGCAGCCGUUCCCUAUUGACUCAGGUCCACUGGCAUUGCCACGUCAUCUGCAACAAGCACUGGGACCACCUGUAGCCACGUCACUGGAGCACAGUCAGCAGCAGCAUCAGCACCAACAACAGCAGCAGCGCUUUCAGGGCCAAGCCGGUGCUCCGCUAUACGUGGACUCUGUACAUGCACAGCUCCAGUCACUCCCCGGAGGCGUUCUCAACACUCACUUCGCGUCAGGCCCAUCGGCGACGCAAUCGGACGGCGAUCUCGGUCAGAUCUACGGCCCACGAGUCUCGCAGAAUCUCCCCGCUCCUCCAAACAGUCUCGGGCUUACCCUUGACGAGAUACGAGCUCCGCAUAAUCUACCAAAUGUUGAAUCCAUGGCGGCGCCGAACCUUACUGAAAAAUACGAGGUGCCGUCAUACCUCAAGGAGCUCUGGUCCGAUUCUCCUGUCCAUGGCUCUCCGUUCCGCGCGCCGGGAAGGCCCACUGACCCGGGCGGGAUGCGCGGCGGACAGCCUUUCUCACUCGGGCAAGGAAUGAUGACUUUUGAAAACUCGCAAAAACUAACCGAAGCAGCAGCAGGAGCACCGGGAAGAUUCCGAGGGGAAGGAGGGUUUGGAGGAAAUGGGGAAGGAAUGAGCCGCGGGAGUCCGUCUCUCGGUCCGUACCCGCAUCCCGGGUUGAACGGAGGUGAUCCGCGCUUGCAAGGGUUUUCCGAUCCCGGCGGGCCGUUCGACCAGCGUGUUUCCUCGUUAGAAGGGUCCCCGUUUGGGAGAAAGUCCGUGGAGGCAGGCAGAGGCUCUCCCAGCCGAUCGUCUCUUAGUAACUGGCCGUAUGGGGCGAAUGAGGGCGAAACGGAUAGAGGAAUAGGCGGAGGAGAGGGGCGUGGGGACAGCCGGUUUAACCCUUCGCGGGGAGGUAUGGCUGCGCCCGGAGGGGGAGGCGGAGGCGGAGGGGGAGCGGGACGAAGCGCUGGUGUGGCGCAAUGGGCGGCUGCCGGAGCGAACGGGAAGGAGGCAGGGCGAAGGGAGGAUGGAGGGAGUGGAUGGGGUGUGAGUGGCGGCGUGAGCAACGGAGGCAUGGUUACAGGAGGCAGAGAAGGCGAGGGGUUGGACGUGGGAGGGGACCCGUGGCGUCGCGCUGGCGCCCUGGGCCCGGAUGGGCCUCAAGGAAACUUCCCGUUACCUCUGCACCAGCAGUUUCCGUCUGCCCAGCAGCAGCAGCAGCAGGGUGGGAUAAUGGGUGCAGUGACUUCGAAUGCUAACGGUGGAGCCUUUAACGCGGACGAGCUUACUCUGGAGCAGCUGACCGACCCUGCUGCUGUGGCGGCGCUGGAAGGCCCGUCGAGCCAGCAGACGAUUAUGGACCUUCUCGCCGCUGCCGGCAACGCCUUCGCCGCUCCACAGUUGAAAGCCUCUGGCCUUCACCAGCAGCAGCAGCAGCAGUAUCCGCAGCAGGAGCAGCAGCAGCAGCAGCAGCAGCAGCAGUUUCAGCAGCACCACCAGCAGCAGCAACAGCAGCAGCAGCAGCCGCAGGCGCAGCAGGGAAGGGCGCAGGCAACAGCGCGCAAGCUAUUCAAUGACGACAUGUUUCCGCCCCUGGGCUCGCCCUCCGCCCCCCCGCCCGGCGAGGCCGGGAUGAGCGCGCAAGGCAGUGGCGGCGGGACGGGGAGAGGCGCAGCAGGCGCGGAGGGGGAUGGGGCUGAAGGCGGCGCCGGUGUUGGAAAGGGCGCGGAGGAUGUGAGGAAUUCUUUGGAGGCGCUGGCGGAAGAUAUGAAAGCGUUCGACCUCUCUGGUGACCCGACUGGUGACUCGGGUCAGUUUCAACUGCCGCAGGGGCGUGCGGGGCAGCAGCAGCAGCACGGACAGCAGCACAUGUCUCGCAAUCAGCCGCAGCAGCAGCAGCAGCAGCAGCAGCAGCAGCAGCAGGCACGGCAGCAGCAGCAGCAGCACGGUAUCCCCAUCCAUCCGCAUCGCCACCACGCUGCUUUCACUGCCGCCCCUCGCCAUCCCCCCGGGUCCAGCCCUGGCCAACGGUUCAGGCAUCCCGAGCAGCAGCAGCAGCAGGGGGGCGUGCAGCAGCAGGAGCUGCAGCAACUUCAGGCAAGAGCCCAGCAACAGCAACAGCAGCAACAUCAGCAGCAGGGGGUGCAGUUCCGCCCGCACGCCCACCGCCCGCCGUCCCUCCGCGUGGACCUCUCCCGCCUGAACUCGCACCUGCUGGCGCUCUUCCGCUCGCUGGAGCCCACAGCAGAGGAGGCGGAGCGCAAGGAGCAGCUCAUGCGCACGCUCACGCGCGUGGCGGGCGCCACGUACCCGUCCGCGCAGCUGUUCCUGUACGGCUCGUGCGCCAACUCGUUCGGCGUGCGCAACUGCGACGUGGACGUGUGCCUGGCGUUGGACGGCCCAGAUGUGUCGCGUGUGGAGGUGAUCACGAAUAUGGCGACCGCAUUGAGAGCCGAGGGCAUGCUGAACGUGCAGGUGAGGGUGUGUGCUGGUGAGGAAGGGACGGCGCUGGUGUGUGCAGUGCAGGCUCUCACCCACGCGCGUGUGCCGAUAGUGAAGUUCAUGGAUCCAGCAUGGGGGUUGGCGUGUGACAUGUGCGUCAACAACUUGGCAGCUGUGGCCAACAGCCCUCAUCCUCCAAACCCCCAUUCCCGUCCCUCCCCUGCUGCAGGCGCUGACCCACGCGCGUGUGCCGAUAGUCAAGUUCAUGGACCCAGCAUUGGGCGUGGCGCACUCACCCACGCGCGUGUGCCGAUAGUGAAGUUCAUGGAUCCAGCAUCGGGGGUGGCGUGUGACAUGUGUGUCAACAACCUGGCAGCCGUGGCCAACAGCCGCCUGCUGGCGGACUAUGGGCGCCUGGACGAGCGCGUGCGCCAGCUGGCGUUCCUCGUGAAGCACUGGGCGAAGCGGAGGCAGAUCAACGAAACUUUCCGCGGCACGCUUUCUUCCUACGCCUACGUCAUCAUGUGCAUCCACUACCUGCAGCAGCGCCAGCCGCCCAUUCUGCCAUGCCUGCAGGAGAUGCAGCCGCACACAUACCGCGUGCAGGUGGGCGGCGUCGUUUGUUCAUACUACGACAAGGUGGACACGCUGCGGGGCUUUGGGGCGGCGAACGGGGAGACGGUGGGCGAGCUGCUGGCGGGGCUGUUUGAGUACUGGGCCUUCCGCCACGACUACAACCGCUGCGUCAUCAGCAUCCGCACCGGCGGCUUCCUCAGCAAGGAGGAGAAGGAGUGGACGAGGCGAGUGGGCAACGAGCGGCACCUGAUCUGCAUAGAGGACCCUUUUGACCUCGCCCACGACCUGGGCCGUGUGGUUGACCGCGCCUCCAUCCGCGUGCUGCGGGAUGAGUUCCACCGCGCCGCCAAGCUCAUGAGGCACGACCCCGAGCCGUAUGUCACACUCUUUGAGCCGUACGUUCGGGAAGAUGAACGGUGA